UGAAUCAUGGCCGAUCCCUGUUGCAAUGAUGCUGAACAGAGCAAUAACGCCGCCGUGAUCCGUCCGGCUGGUUGCAUCCAAGGAAGAAACGCAAAGUUCCUUCGUUGAAAAGGUGAGUCUCCGGGGCAGACAACACACUCCUCUCCACGGUUCUCUGCACCCGUGUUUUUGGGACCCCCGAGGUCUCAAACGAUUUUAUAAAACCAGCCACAGGGAAACAACUUGAGCCCCCAUUCCCCUCGAAAAUUCUAGCAACACAUCAAUCAACUUGACAUUCAUUCUAUGAUGUCGCAACUCGACAAUCAUCACAUUGCUCCCACGGCCACUAAUAUCAUCAACCCUCCUGCAGGUGGUCUCGAGUUGAGCCAAAGCCGCGCCGAUUCCAUCAGCAAGGCCUACGCCGAACACACCGAAGACGUCGAGAAAGUCUCAGAGGUCCCCGAUGUCAAUACUAAGGCCGACCAGUUCGGUUCCAAUACCGAAUAUUCAAAAGAGGAAAGAACUUUGCUCCGCAAGCUGGAUUGGCACAUUAUGCCCAUCGUCUUCUGCAUGUACUUCAUGAACAAGCUCGACCAGAAUGCAAUUGCCAACGCUCGACUCAACUCUUUCGAAAAGGACCUCGGCCUCACUGGUAACCAGUUCAACAUCUGUGUCUCCGUUCUCUACGCCGGCUACACCCUGAUCCAGAUUCCCUCAAACAUGUUGAUGGCGACCAAGAAGAUUCGACCCUCUCUCUGGAUGGCCUGCUGGAUGAUGGCAUGGGCGAUUGUCUCUGCAUCUACCGCUGCCGUUCAAAACUUCUCGGGUGCUUUCGCCGUUCGAUUCCUGCUCGGUUUCGCCGAAGCUCCUUUCUACCCCGGUGCCAUCUACAUGCUUUCGUUGUUCUACACCCGUAGGGAGAUUGCCACUCGUAUUUCUAUCCUUUACAGUGCCAACAUUAUCGCAACUGCUUGCGCCGGCUUGAUCAGUGCUGCGACUUUCGCAACUCUCGAAGGUGUCCACGGACUGGCGGGCUGGAGAUGGCUCUUCAUCAUCCUGGGUGUUGUCACGUUCGGUAUUUCCAUCGUUGCGAUCUGGCUCCUUCCGGAUCACCCGCUCACGACUCGCUGGCUCUCACCCGAGGAGCGAGAACUCGCUCAUUCCCGAAUGGAGCGAGACACCGUCGGCCUCGAGGAGAGCAGGGGCACGCUUAUCGGACUCAAGCAGGCCGCCGCUGACCCCAAGCUCUGGUUACUUACUCUGCUCCAGACCUUGCACCUUGCAGCCUGCGGUUUCAACUCGUUCUUCCCUACCGUCGUCAAGACCCUCGGCUACAGCACCACCAUUACCCUUGUCAUCACUUGCCCGCCGUAUCUUGUUGCCGGCGGCUUCAGUAUCGCCCUCGCUUGGUCUUCCGGUCGACGAAACGAGAGGUCGAUACACAUUACUUUCGGCAUGGUUGUCGCCCUCGUCGGUUUCAUCAUGGCCGCUUCUUCCCUCAACACUGCUGUCCGAUUCAUCUCUCUGUUCUUCUUUGCCACCGGUGCUUACUCGGCCAACUCGAUCAUCAUCGGAUGGGUCGCUGCCACCUGCGGUCAGACGCCAGAGAAAAAGGCCGGUGCUCUUUCGAUUAUGAACUGCAUCGCAAUGGCUUCUUUCAUCUACACACCAUAUCUUUACCCUGCAUCCGACAGCCCCCGAUACCUCAUGGCCAUGUCUGCCAAUGCCGCUUUCGUGACGGGUGUCAUUAUCUGCACUUGGACCAUGCGAUUAUGGCUCCAGCAAGUCAACAAGAAGCUCAGGAGCGGAGAUGCAACCGCCCGUCUGUUGUACGCAUACUAAGGGUUUUUUAGCGUCUGUUGUACGCCUACUAAGAAUUGUUUACCGUUUGUUGUACGUCUACUAAGGGUUUUAAGUUAUAGGGAGAAUAUAGCAAGGUUCCUAACCGUUGAUAGCCGUGUAGUGAGUCAUGUUAGGAUGCAUCAUAUUUCCGG